AUGUCAGCCUACAAAGGACACAAUCUCUCUUCUUCAAAUUCCUCCCCAAAAUGUCCUUUCCAAACAGCUCUCCUGCUGCUAAUACCUUUUUAGUAGAUUCUUUGAUCAGUGCCUGUAGAAGUGACAGUUUUUAUUCUAACAGCGCCAGCAUGUAUAUGCCACCUAGCACAGACAUUGGAACUUAUGGAAUGCAAACCUGUGGACUUCUACCGUCUCUGGCUAAAAGAGAAGUUAAUCACCAAAAUAUGGGUAUGAAUGUACAUCCUUAUAUACCUCAAGUAGACAGUUGGACAGAUCCGAAUAGGUCUUGUCGAAUAGAGCAACCUGUUACACAGCAGGUAUCCACUUGUUCCUUUACUACAAAUAUUAAGGAAGAAAGCAAUUGCUGCAUGUAUUCUGAUAAGAGAACAAAACUAAUUUCUUCAGACGUCCCUUCCUACCAGAGGUUGGUCUCUGAAUCAUGUCCCAUUGAAAAUCCUGAGGUUCCUGUCCCAGGAUAUUUUAGACUAAGCCAGACCUACGCCACGGGGAAAACCCAAGAGUACAAUAAUAGUCCUGAAACGAGUUCAACUGUAAUGUUACAGUUAAACCCUCGCGGCAGCUCCAAACCGCAGAUAUCUUCUCAACUUCAGAUGGAAAAGAAAAUGAAUGAAAAUCCGAACAACCAAGACAACUCAGCUAAAGUCUCUCAAGUGGAAAGUCCAGAGCCAAAGUCCACUUUACAAGAUGAAAGGAGCUGCCUGGCUGAAGGCUCUGUGUCCAGCCCAGAAGUACAGGAGAAGGAAAGUAAAGAGGAAAUCAAGUCUGAUACGCCAACAAGCAAUUGGUUAACUGCAAAGAGUGGCAGAAAGAAGAGGUGUCCUUAUACUAAACAUCAAACACUGGAAUUAGAAAAAGAAUUCUUAUUCAAUAUGUAUCUCACUCGAGAGCGCCGCCUAGAGAUCAGUAAGAGCGUAAACCUCACUGACAGGCAGGUCAAGAUUUGGUUUCAAAACCGCAGAAUGAAGCUCAAGAAGAUGAGCAGGGAGAACCGAAUCCGAGAACUGACCGCUAAUCUGACCUUCUCUUAA